GCGUUCGGAAUCGCAUUCGUGUGCUGGAGUCAGAGCGCGCUGCGGGGCAUCACUGCACCGCCACGGAGGACACACCAUCACAGAAGCAGGAACAGGGAAAAGGCAAAAAGGCGUGAAAUAGUGCAGAGGGGGAAGAACAGGGCGCCCUUUUUUUUCCCCUGAAAUCACCUAAAUCUGUGGGAAAUUAAACAGGAGCCAGACAUUCGCUAAUAAUAAAUCCACGAACGCAGCGGACAUCUCAAGAGAUAUUUUUGGCCAGCACGGCGGGGAAAAAUGAAGGAUCGCACGCAGGAACUACGAAGUGCUAAGGACAGUGACGAUGAUGAGGAAGUCGUUCAUGUCGACCGAGACCACUUUAUGGAUGAAUUUUUUGAACAGGUGGAGGAGAUCCGUGGCUGUAUUGAAAAGCUGUCAGAGGAUGUAGAACAGGUCAAGAAGCAGCACAGUGCCAUCCUAGCAGCACCCAACCCUGAUGAAAAGACCAAGCAGGAGUUGGAGGACCUCACAGCUGACAUUAAGAAGACAGCCAAUAAAGUGCGCUCUAAAUUAAAAGCAAUCGAACAAAGCAUCGAGCAAGAGGAGGGGUUGAACAGAUCAUCUGCAGAUUUGCGGAUCCGCAAGACACAGCAUUCCACGCUGUCACGCAAGUUUGUGGAGGUGAUGACGGAGUACAACACCACGCAGUCCAAAUACAGGGACCGCUGCAAGGACCGCAUUCAGAGACAACUGGAAAUUACUGGCAGAACAACUACCAAUGAGGAGCUGGAAGACAUGUUGGAGAGCGGGAAGCUUGCUAUCUUCACUGAUGAUAUCAAAAUGGACUCCCAGAUGACCAAGCAGGCACUAAAUGAGAUUGAGACUCGACACACUGAGAUCAUUAAGUUGGAGAACAGCAUCCGUGAGCUGCACGACAUGUUUGUGGACAUGGCCAUGCUGGUGGAGAGUCAGGGAGAGAUGAUUGACAGAAUUGAGUAUAACGUGGAACACUCUGUGGACUAUGUAGAGAGAGCAGUUUCUGACACCAAGAAGGCUGUCAAAUACCAGAGUCAGGCACGCAAGAAGAAGAUCAUGAUCAUCAUCUGCUGUGUAAUUUUGGGAGUGGUUUUGGCGUCCAGUAUCGGAGGAACCCUGGGCUUCUAAACGACAUGAAGAGAGACAAACACUUGGAAAGCUGAGUGUUUUAUCCACUUAAACACGAGAUAAGGAAACUGUCAUAAAACGGGGGUUGGGUAGGGUAAAAAUCAAAUAUUCAAAAAUCAAACAAUCAAAAAAAUAAAUAAAUAAAGGAGAUGUUACGUACUAGCUGAUUUAAAUAUAUACAAAAGUGGGUUCAAAUACAACAUAAUAUUUACAAACUGUACAUGUAAAUGUAUUGAACAUAAAGCAGCACAUGGGUUACUACCUGUAAAGGAAUAAACAUCAAUUUUUUGUUUUUAUUUUAUUUUUUUAGCGUUGCUUUCAUUUUUGGGGGGGCCUCCAGGACAGUGCCAGCAACUGCUAAAUUGUUUUCCGUUCCGGCAGAACAUGGUGUUUGGCAAACCAUACUAGCAUUACAAAUACUAACCAACUGACUGCAUAGAUGUUAUAGAUAGUAGUUGUAGUCCGAUUUCAAUGGCCUAACGUUCCGAGUGGUUGCUUGCAUUCCGAUGAAAUCUCUCAUCGUUACAUUAUUAGCUCAUUACCGAUGGAGUGCUCUAGUUUAAAAGCACCGUCAACCUCAUAGUCGAAUUUCUGUCUUAAUACAUUUACUGUGGGCAACCGUAAACAAACAAAGAAUAAAAGAACUAAGAAGCACACAUUUCGAAUUGUGAGAGGAAGUGAUAUCACCAAGCUUGUACAUGAAGACGAUUUCGUUUUUACUUCAUUUGCUGUAGGCAGCGGAGGAAUGGACAUUUCAUUUUAACACGUUUCGAAAGCUACACUGGGAUCGAUAGGGUGGCAUUGCGCAAACUGUUGAACUAUGCAGUUUUGAUAGUGAUUUGCCCCUGCUUUUUGAAUUAAUUCAUGAAAAGAUUCUGAAAGAAGGUUUCUUCUAAGGAACAUUUUGAGAAAUGUUAAUACUUGAAGCAACGCCUAGCCUAAAUGUUAUCUUUUGGAGGGUAGUUAGGUCUGCUGAAAUGAAUUUUCCUUAUUUUACGUUAGUUUUGCGCUUUUUUAUUUGCCUUGUUUCAUAAAUAUAAACAUAUAUUUUACAUUAUAAUACAAAGGAUGGGCUUGAACAGGACCGUUUUGGUUUUGAAGGAUCGUUUUGGGAGUUUGCUUGACGUUUCACCUUGGUGCUAGUUUAUGAAGAGAGAGUAAUAAAAUUAACUACGGGGACGUGAUAGACACUCUUAGAUCCUUAUUGUUAAAUUCUACAUAUCUGAAACAAUGGGAGUUGGUGCAGUGAAGAUGAGCUAUCUGAUGAAAUAUUUACCUGUAGAUGCAUUCUUCAGUUCAAUUGAAGAAACUUGUACGGCUUGUCAGGACUCUUAUUAUGCAGCGACUAAAUAGAAAGACAUUUACACAGACUUUAUAUGAAAUAACUUAAAUUUAGCUCUGAGCGCCCAGAGAGAUGGCAUCUUGUUAUGAUAACUCUAGCUUAGAAUAGGACGCUUCGAUUUUGUCCAAAGAUUUUUUUUUUCUCAGAAACCCAAAUCAAACAGCUGCAUCAUGAAUUCGUUGCAUCCAUUUCUUUGCGGACAGAAAGUGCCAGAUUGGUUAAUUAUGUACUGCUUGUUUUAAAUUCAAGGGCUAAAAUUUAAAACCAAACUUUAGCUCUGUUUUUUUUUUUUUUUUUGAUGAAGAAUCCCUCUUGGCUUGAUUCAGACUCGUUGCACUCUUAGAACGCCCUUACCCUCGUGUUCAUGACGUUCAUGACAUGUACCAACUCUGAAAGUGCUCUCCUUUUCUCGAUAUGGACUUCAUUUUCCAUGUACUGAUUAUCAUAGAAUAUAUAACAGGAGCCCCCCCACCCCGUUCCGCCACCCCUUUACCUACCCAAAGCAAAGUAGUAGGGAACAGGAAUGAUUUUGGGGAUAAAUACUGUACACUUUUUACAAAGCCUGAGGCAGAGGGCCGGGACUAUUUUGCUUUAAUCAUUCCAGUACCGUCCAGCAUGUUUUCUUUGAAACUUCUGUGUAUUUAGUGUCGAAUCACUUACAUGUAUGGUAAAAUGAGGUAAAUAUGUAUGUCGGUGUUGUUUUUUAGUAGACGAUAUAGCUGGAAGGCCCUUAUUUGUUAACGCAUGCAACUUUCGCUUUGUUAGUUUGCAUGGCUCUCGAUCAUGUGUGCACUUUACAAUCAAAGAAAACAAUGUCUUAUGCCGCCACAUUUUUUGGGUUGUACCGUUUUCUGUUUUGUUGUUUGUUUUUUAAUUUAUGAUUAUUUAUUAUGACUCUCUAAGGGUUGGAUGGGGGGAUUGACUUCAUUUAAUAGUUCUGCUGCCUAUUUCAUCAUGACCCUGACGAUGCUGGAGUUUUACAGUGGUCCCCAUGAAUGUGUUCCCUGUGGAUGUGCACAUGAAUACAAAAAUUUGUUUGUUGUCGGGUAUUUUGUUCCUAAACCACGUCCGUAGUUUAAAACGACGUAUUUCCCCCCCUCCUCGCCCUCUGGAAACACUCUGGGUACGAAUCAUUUUUGCGCACCUUGUUCAUUUUCCCUUCCCCCUGAUGUUUUCCCGAACUUGAUUGUUGUGCUUAACUGGUGAUGAUAUGUGAAUUCUUUCGUAAGACUAUUCUUUAUUGUGAGUCGUGUGCUGCGGUGUCGAAUUGUGCAACUCAAAAGGCCAUGUAUGCGUGCCCUGUCCCUUCGGCAUUUUUUCCUUUUUUACGUACACGUUGCUGUAUAUGUGAGCAUGAGCAUUUGUGUGUGUGUGUGGUUGUGCGUGUGCGUGUGUGCUCGUCUGCUGUUGGAGCCCUCCUCGGUCGCACCGGCCUCGGGCGCAAGGGGCUUCUUUGGUCUGCAGGUCUAUGGUAUGCAGCUCUAGCGCUCCAGUUCUGUGCCGACUUCAUUCAAAUGUUAAGAAAAGUAAUAAGACUAAAAAGCCAAAGCAUUAUGCGAGUACAGAGCACAAUGUUACAGUCGACUGUAUUGUGUAGUCCACCCUGCCCGUAAAUCUUGUGAACUAUCUUGUGUAUACAUUGACUGUUUUCAAUUCCACCGCUUUCAGCGACAAGGUUCUGGAUAUAAAGGUUUAUUUAUUUGUUUCUAUUCAUUCUGAACAAUAUGUAUAAUGUAUACUACACAAGCUUGUUCGUUUUAAAGCACUUUCUCCAAAAACAGCUACGUACAAAACAAAUAUCCCCCAAUGAUGUUCAAAUGUUUUGUGUACUGUAUGUUGUUUUUUUCUUGCUCCCCUCAAUGAUGCUGUUUAUGUUACCAUUUUCCCCUUGUUCAACUCACUUGCAUUGCUUCCUCUGUGCUGGCAAUACAUUAGACGUAGACAUUAGAUCAGCUCUGGUUAAAAGAAAAUGAAAUAAAAAAAAAUAAAAUAAAAAAAAAACAACUGUAUACUGACAUGGGCACAGAUCUGGAUGAAAGUUUUCUCAGUUGUCUUAUUUUCAUUUUUCAACACUGUUUUUGGAUGUUUGUCACACAGACACUGAUAUGACCAGACAGCACUGGCAUAACACAGCACAUUGAGAAGGCAUUUUGUAAAUGAGUGAAAAUUACAAACUACUAUAUAUAAAAAAAACAAAAACAAUGUACCUUUUAGAGCUUAACUGCAUAAUAGUCUUUUUGGUUGGGGUUGUUGAGUGCCUCAUCACUGCAGGUGAAUAAAAAACCCUUAAGCCCAAUCCGCAUGGCGAGGGAAAGGCGACACAACAAAGCUUGAACACUUCCGCCGUGAUCGACGAAGCCGUCUGCUGCUAUGUAGACUGCUUUGUAGAUUAUAACGCUCACUUAGUUUCCACAUGUGCUUUAGCAGCUCUCAAAGACUUUUACGUUAACUGAUAUGACUUCUCGGUCCAAGGCUAACGAGCGCCCAAGACCUGCGAUCGUGAUUUUUCUCAACAGCCCCAGCCAUGAUCCUCCUUAAUUUCAUCCCCUUUUGUGUCAUUCCUUUGAUGUAUAUUCCCAUUAAACUUUAUACCAGUAUUCUUGUUUCAGUGUUAGAUUUAGAACGAGGAAACGGUUUGUGGAGAUGGUGCUCAAACUGUGAUUUCAGCAAAAUGAUCAUCAAUUACAGAGAAUGGCCUGUAAUGAUGUGAUGAAAACACUAUUCUAAUUAGAACGGGAAGAUGACUAGAUAAGGAUGACAUAAUUGAAUUAUACCAUUAUCAAAUGUGAUGAAUUAUAUAACUACGAUGAUUUAAAGAAUCCCGAGAAGUUGUGUUAUAUUAGUAGUACUAUUGAAUGCUCGCGAUUUUGUCAAUCUGAACUGAAUCUUUGUCUUGUAAUUAUUGUAAAUAUUUCAAAGAGAGAAAAAAUGACUUGCAUGUCCAUGUAUAAAACUACUAAAAUAGUUCCUGUCAAAGUUGUGAGGUUGAUUGAUUUUCUUGUUCUUCGCCCUGGUCGCAGCGAUUUGCUGCCGACCGCUUGCUCGCUUGUCUUAAAGCAGCAUCCGAUGCUUUCAGUGAUGUCAAGGGUGCUCUAUAACGAAGAAAAGGAACAAUGCUUUACCAUCAGAUUCAAUACAAUACGUUGUGUUUCCUCAGAGAGCCAUUACUGGUUCAACUCUGAGGGAAAAAAGUGCUUCCCUCCAUGUACACCAUCGAUAGGUCUACAGGUCAAAUGCACACCAUCUGUAGCUUCCAGGCACCUUGAAUGCGUUUCUUUGCAGAGGUCCACCACAUUGGCAAUGGCAAAUUUAGAACAAUUAGUGGCAUUUUUGUGCGUUUCGUGGUACGUGUUUGAACACUUUCAUAAUCAGUGUCGGUUAGAAAACCUACAGCAUGGCUGAAACUCAAAUGCUCUAGUUAAAGGUAACGCGGGAUGAGCUCUGCUCUUAUACGAAGAGCGCAGCUCUUGGGAUUUAGAAGUUUUCUUUAAAAGUACAGUAGGAAAACAAUAAUGCUCAAAGCAAACAGAAAAACACUCAUCUGUGCAAUACAAAGAAAAGGGCUUUCUCACACAUGCAUUUGAAAGCACUGAAGAAUGCUGACUUCAAUAUUAUUUUGGGAGUUGAGGGAAACAACAGCCACUAACCGUGGUUCCAGCCGUCGUUUUACGUGUUGCCAAAGGUCUUCUCGCCCUACUAGGAUCUAAGUUGAAAGUCCUUUCAGGGCAGAAACCACAAUGAGAUGGGCACCAAGGAUGGGAAGGAAGAAAUUAAAUCGAUUCCUGCAACUUUGACUGGAAUUGCAACUUCUGUCUUUUAUUUUCUGUGUGUGUAUGUGUGUACUGUAUUGUAAAAAAAAAAAAAAAAAGAAAAAGAUACAAACAAACAACAUAACUGUCCCUCUCUCCUCCCUCUCUCUUGUAAUACUGUUUGCUGUUCUGUUUGGUUAGUGUGGCGUACCAGUAUCCCUCUCCUCCCCUAAAACCCUUGCUAUCUUCCUCCCUUCUCUCACAAACUCUCUCUCUCUCUCUCUCUCUCUCCCUCUUUUCUCCAUGGAUCUUUAAGAUGAGAACUCUAUGCAGAUGCUGUCUUUUAUAAGUGUGUCAAAAUUUUAAGUUGAAAUGAAAAAUGAAAAAAGAAAAACCCCAACAAACAGAUAUUAUGAACUGAAACAAAAAAUAAAGAAAAAAGAUUGUCCAGUGUACAA